AAUCCCAACUACACAGAAAACGCCAUUGUUUGAUUUAAAGCUCUGCUUUCAUUUCAUGGCAAAAGCAAGGAACAUGAAGACCUCCACCUUCACCACAAACCCACCAUCACCAUUCUUUCACUUACUUCCAGUCACUCCACUCACCACCCUCCUCUUCUCCCCCAAGACGAACCGUUUAAGGCACCCCAAGCUCUGUUCCAAGCACCCAUUAACUCUCUCAAUCUUCUACCUUUCUCUCCUAUUUUCCUUCACUUUCUUGGGAAUUUCCAUUCUCACCCUCAUCCCCUUUUUCCAUAACUCGAUUCCCUGUUCAACGCCAUCUCCCACGUCGUCAUUCUCUUCUUCAUUCUUGGCGUCACUUUCUUCCACAGUUUCAUUCAACAAUGAAGAUGAUCAGCCAAGAUUGUCAACCAGCGCCAUGGUGCCAUUCCCAGCUCAUGGGGCUGUUGGGAAUGUUUCAGAGGCUGAGAGAGAGUUCUGGCAACAGCCCAAUGGCGAGGGCUACGAGCCUUGCUUGGAUUUCAGCCUCAGAUAUCGAAAACUGUCUGCCAGGAUUUCCAAGGAGAAAAGGAGGUUCUUGGUGGUGGUGGCAUCAGGGGGUUUGAACCAGCAGAGAAAUCAGAUUGUUGAUGCUGUUGUUCUUGCAAGAAUUCUUGAGGCUGCAUUGGUUGUACCAACCUUGCAGGUUAAUCUCAUUUGGGGAGAUGAGAGUGAAUUCUCGGAUAUUUUCGACGUGGCGCAUUUCAAGAAGACUUUACAAGCUGAUGUACGAGUUGUGUCAUCUCUUCCCUCCACACAUUUGAUGUCAAGACAGACAAUUGAAAACAAGAUUCCACAUGAGGUCACUCCACAAUGGAUCCAUACCAGAUUCUUUAAUCAACUGAAAAGAGAAGGCCUUCUUGUGUUAAAAGGGUUGGAUUCUAAGCUCUCCAAGAAUCUUCCUCCUGAUCUGCAGAAGCUUCGAUGUAAGGUAGCUUUUCAUGCAUUAAGAUUUGCAUCACCGGUUCAAGAACUUGGAAAUCUACUUGCAAAGAGAAUGUGGAUUGAAGGGCCCUACAUUGCACUCCAUCUCCGGCUAGAGAAGGAUGUGUGGGUCAGAACCGGAUGUCUCACUGGUUUAGGCCCUGAAUACGAUGACAUUAUCACCAAGAUUCGGGAGUCUCAACCAGAAUACCUCACAGGACGAGUAAACAUGAGCUACAUCCAGCGGCGACUUGCUGGACUCUGCCCUCUAAAUGCAUUGGAAAUAGCAAGGUUUCUUAAGGCUCUAGGAGCACCAAGUGGUGCACGGAUAUACAGCGCAGGAGGUGAGGCAUUUGGGGACAGCAGGGCUCUGCAGCCACUUGUGGCAGAGUUUCCAAAUUUAGUGACAAAGGAGAUGUUGGCUCGAGAUGGAGAACUCUCUCCUUACAUGAACAAGUCUUCAGCUCUGGCUGCCAUUGACUACAUUGUCUCUCUGAGCAGUGAUGUCUUUGUACCUUCACAUGGUGGAAACAUGGGCCGAGCAAUGCAGGGUCACCGUGCCUAUGUGGGACACAGAAAGUUUAUAAAGCCUAACAAGCGAGCGAUGCUGCCUCAUUUCGAAGACGCCUCCAUUGGUGAUGCAGAAUUUGGAAGCAUCAUGAGAGAGUUGCAUAGGAAGUCUCAGGGGCAGCCUGAGCCAAGGGGUUACAGGAGAAACCGAGAUGUGAUUGCAUACCCUGUGCCUGAGUGCAUGUGUAAACACAACCUGAAGAGAGGAGGUCUUCUUGUGUUAAAAGGGUUGGAUUCUAAGCCCUCCAAGAAUCUUCCUCCUGAUCUGCAGAAGCUUCGAUGUAAGCACCUUGCAAAGAGAAAGUGGAUUGAAGGGCCUUACAUUGCACUCCAUCUCUGGCUAGAGAAGGAUGUGUGGGUCAGAACCAGAUGCCUCACUGGUUUAGGCCCCGAAUACGAUGACAUUAUCACCAAGAUUCAGGAGUCUCAACCCGAAUACCUCACUGGAUGA